AUGGCCUCCCAAGAUGGACCCGACCAUGGUGAUUUCGAGUCGAGGCAAAAUGCCUCAUCUAGAGGACAAGAACAUGCAAGUGAGGGAGCUUUCACCCUUACUGAUCUCAUCAUAGCUAUGCAGGCUAUGGGGGAAACCCAGAGGGAGAUGAUGGAUACUAUCAAAGAAUUAAAAAAUGCUGCCUCCAAGCCAAGCGAAGAUGACAGACAUCCACAAGAAGAAUCUGCCGCUGCUAGAAAGGGGUCUGAACAAAAGGGACCGUCUUUUGUCACCCAAGAGGAUGUCGUUGCCAUGCUGGAGAAGGAGUUUAGUCGAAGCCAGGAGGAUUGGAAGUACAUUCCUCAGCCGCCGUACCCAGCAAGCUUACUCCAGCAGCCCUAUCCCAAAGGUUACGAAAUACCAACCUUUGUUCUUUUCGAUGGGAGGAAAGGAAGCUCGAAGGAGCAUGUCAACCGAUUCCUUGAUGCUUUAGGGCCACACGCCGCUGAUUAUAAUCUUCGACUUCGAGAAUUCUCAAAGAGCCUCACUGAUCGGGCUUAUACAUGGUUUUGGAAAAAAUAUUUUCAGCACGAGGAGAGGGUCACCACCACACAACUCAACAACACUCGCCAAAAGCAAGGGGAGGAUCCCGUGGACUUUGUGAGAAGGUUCCGGGACUUGGCUCUCGAUUGCUAUGACGAAAAGGAUGAAGAGGCACUUGUUGAGAUUUGUAUCAGCAACAUUGUAGCAGACUAUAGAGUGUACUUGGAAAAUAUUGACAUCAGUCCAUUUUCCCAGCUGCUGGAAGUAGUAAGAAAGACGAGCAUGUCUGUCAAACCGGUUGGACAAAGAAGUUGGAGGAGUGAGAAGAAGGAAUCACAUCAGACGUUAGCCACAGACGAUAAGCCAUCUAAUGACUACAGUGCACGCAAACAAAAGGAUUGGGAGACAUACCCGCCAUUACCUUGCAAAGAUGAAGAGUUUCAUGCCAUCCUCGACACGAUGAUUGCUGAUGGCGCGAUCAAGCCCCUCAGGCCCCACAAGGUUCCCACCAGGGAAGAAAAGAGUGAUCCCAGAUAUUGUCGCUAUCACCAGUUUGUAGGACAUCCGAUCACUGCUUGUCAGAGUUUAAGGAGGAUCUUACAUGGCAAAAUACAUGAGGGGGUUCUUGAGCUUCCCUCUAGGAAGCAAACUAUUGAUGAAGACCCUUUGCCGAAACGAAGGGGGAAAGAGACAGCUGCUGUUAUUACAUGUUCAGAUGAUUUCCUCGAUGAUGACGAAUUGUGCCAUCCAUGGAGGAAUGAUCCGAAGCCACCGGAGGCCAUUUGGGAGCCUUGUGGAAACAUGGAUAAAGCUUACUGGUGCAAGUACUCGAAACCAUCGAGCUACGACACGCCAUGGCCACUCGCUGAUGGAUGGAAUGGCUGUGCAGACAAUGGAGUGUUCAUGUUGGACAUGCCAGAAGAAUAA